UUGCAAUUUACUUAUCCGGAUAAACGUAACUCAAAUUUUCAGAUACUCUCUCUCUCUCUCUCGCUAGCAGGUUAGGGUUUCUUGAUUGCUCUACUUCUGUUCCAUACUAAUCAUUCAUUACCCAACAAGCUGGGAAGACGAGGAUGGGAUCGCUGCGUACAGAGAGUUUCUCCUCCUUCGGCUCCGCUCCUACCCGAAACCAUUGAGGAAGGUGGAUGACUUGCCGACCGCUUGACAUGACAAGGAUGACAUGAACUUUAUUAAUUCUCCCACCUGCUUGGAGAAUUGCAUGCUGGCAUCUUCUUCUGUUUAUAGAAGGCAGCUUUUUCUGAUAAGAUCUUUGGGCGGUUACUGCUGUAGAGUUCAUAUGGAAGGAGGAGGACGAGCAGUGGGCUCAAGCAUUUCUGUUGCAGAGGCUGAUGCUGAGAGCGUGAUGAGAAAAAUUACACCAAAAUUGGAUCCUAUUCUCUAUAAAGGCCAAGCGGGAAAGGUUGCAGUGAUUGGUGGCUGUCGUGAAUAUACGGGAGCUCCUUAUUUUGCUGCCAUAUCAGCCCUCAAAAUUGGUGCAGAUUUGUCACAUAUUUUCUGUACUAAAGAUGCUGCAGCGGUUAUAAAAUGUUAUAGCCCCGAGUUGAUUGUUCAUCCUGUUCUUGAAGAAUCAUACAGUGUGAGAGAUGAGGAGAAAGCAAUUGUUUCUGCAAAGGUGAUUGGUGAAGUUAAGAAGUGGAUGGAAAGGUUUGAUUGCAUCGUUGUUGGUCCUGGUCUUGGACGGGAUCCAUUUCUCCUGAAUUGUGUUAGCGAUAUCAUGAGGCAUGCACGUGAUGCCGAAAUUCCCACUGUUAUUGAUGGGGAUGGUCUUUUUUUAGUCACAAACAACAUGGAUCUAAUUAAGGGGAAUUCUUUGGCUGUUUUAACACCAAAUGUCAACGAGUACAAACGCCUGGUUGAAAAAGUCCUACAAUGCGAAGUAAAUGAUAAAGAUUCUAGCAAAGAGUUGGCAUCUCUUGCCAGAAGCAUUGGUGGAGUAACUAUCUUAAGAAAAGGAAAAGCAGAUCUUAUUAGUGAUGGUGUAACUGUUAAUCAGGUGAGCAUUUUUGGAUCCCCUAGACGUUGUGGCGGUCAAGGCGAUAUACUCUCUGGGAGUGUUGCAGUAUUCUCGUCUUGGGCGCGCCAUCAUCUUUCCACGCAAAAAAAUGAAAGUAGCUUGCAAAGUUCAUUGAAUCCAAUGGUUCUUGGCAGCAUAUCAGGCUCUGCGCUGCUUAGAAAAGCAGCUUCUCUUGCUUUUGAAAACAAGAAGAGAUCAACCCUUACUACUGAUAUCAUUGAAUGUCUGGGAAAAAGUUUGGAAGAUAUAGUCCCUGCAUAUUGAUACAGUUAUAGCAUGUCAAAAGCCAUAGAGAUUGGAGACUUGAGCCUCUGCUGGUUUUGCAUCAAUUCUUUGGUAAUACCGUUAUAUGAUCUGUUUUGGUUAAAAUGUUGAGAAUAAUGGCAUAUGGUAUCUUGGAUUGAACAAACGAUGAAGAUUUAUGUAAUGAUGAUUCUCUCA